CACACAUUAAUAAACGACAAAUUUCUCAAAUCUCUCUAGAUUGAUUGCUUGCUUUUCUCCCUGGCUCAGAAUUUUUGUCGAUCAAACUUGAUUUCUUGAAAAAUUGUUUUGGUUUCGAUUGUCAUGGAAGGAUCUUCAAUAAGGAAUUUUGUUCUCGCUAAAGAUUCUUCAUCUUCUUCUUCUUCUUCUUCUACUCCUCCUACUUGUUCUUCUUCUCAGGCUAAAGAACAAUCUGUUGAAGAUGAAUCCAGAUCUCAGCCAAGUGGAAGCCAGUUGGAUGUUUCUAUCCAAAUACCACCAAAACCGACGCCCAAUUUAGGAAUCUUGCGAAAUUUGAGUCUGAAAAGGAAAGCUUCUCUACCAAACUAUGAGAGAAGAUUGCUACUAAGUCCCACUGUUUCAGAAACCAGUGAAAGGCCUCUUGUUGCAAGUCCGAUCACAUCGCCUUACUGGAAAAGAUGUUUGUCACUUCCUUCUACUAAUGCUGCUAAACUGUCUCUGGCUGUAUCUACACCGCCUGUUUCAGCUGUGGUGCAUAGUGAACAGCCUAAGUCUAAUAAAAAUGGUGUUCAUGCAUCAGUUUCAAGAUCCUUGUCCAUGAACAGAGUGAUUGUACGAGCUGUCUCUUUUGACGACAACAAAAAUCACAUUUCUAACGAAGCAAAUGGCGCAGAUCAAAUCACCCCGGUUCCUGCAGAAGAAACAGAAGAAGAAAUCCCUGAAGAAGAAGCAGUAUGCAGGAUUUGUCUUGAUGUGUGCGAAGAAGGUAACACAUUGAAAAUGGAAUGCAGUUGCAAAGGUGACCUCAGACUCGUUCACGAGCAUUGUGCCAUUAAGUGGUUUAGUACAAAGGGAACGCGAAUCUGCGAUGUUUGCAGACAAGAAGUCCGGAACUUACCAGUGAUACUGCUUCGUGUCCCAACUAUUAAUCAACUUACCAAUAGACGGGAACUCACUCAGCAGAGUUCACAGCCACAAACCAUUAGUGUAGGGCAAGAGUUUGUAGUGCUUGUACUCAUCAGCACCGUCUGUUACUUCUUCUUCCUUGAACAUUUACUGAUUCGUGACUUGAAUUCACAGGCAGUAUUUGUCGCAGCGCCAUUUUCAUUCACCCUAGCUCUCUUAGCCUCAACUUUCGCCGUCAUCCUCGCGAUCAGAGAAUACAUAUGGACAUACGCAGCUCUUGAGUUUGCACUAGUGGCACUGCUUGUUCAUCUGUUAUAUGCUACACUUGGUGUGCCGGUUAUCUAUGCAAUGCUUUUCGCGGGGAUUCUGGGUUUCGGGAUGGCAAUGUGCUUAAACUUGUUGUGCAUUUGUUAUUCCUCUCGGCCUGUGCGGUUUCCGCAGAAUACAAACUUAGUAUAAAGAAAGUCUCUUCCUUUUUAGUUCCUUCUGUUCUUAAAGUUUGAAAAGGCAAAUUGCUGCAUAGAUAGAUGGGUUCCCCUUAAAACUUUGAGACCUGUAGAUAUAUACAAGAUCUUUGUACUUUUGUAUGAAAAGAGAGAAGCUUUUGUGGAAUUACAGUGAGAAUGUGUGAUUUGUGAAAGUACAUCAAGUGAAAGAGGCAAAGAGCUGUUGUGAAUGA